AGUCCUUGUCUUUUCAUGUCUCUCUGUAUCCAUCGCCCCUGUUACCCCUCUCUCUUCCUCUCUACAAUUGAAUUGAAUGGAAACGACGAAGCGCUUCAUAGGCAUAUUGAGACCAAAAUUAAAGCAAGGAUUGUUACUAUGGGUUGAAGGUUUCAGGGAAGCUUGCUGUCUUCACAGAGUUGUUUUUCUCUGCUACAGGUCAAGAAAUCUGUUGGUUCGAACUGGGCAGUGUUUUAUUUUGAAUGGUUGUAUUUUCUUAGGAAGCAUACUUGUUUUAGAAUCAGUGAUCAUCCCAACAUUACUAUGGAUAUUACCUAAUCAAUGCUCAGAGGUUUCUUCUCAAGGACCGUGCUCGUUUGACAGUGUUUCAAAACUUUACACGUCUUUGCGCCUUGGACUCAUACAACUCUGUUAUGUGUUCUGGUUCUAUCCGCUGUACAUAUUUAGCUUCAUUCUGAGCACAAUUUGGUACAAUGAUAUUGCUAUGUAUGGUUUUGAGGCAAUGGGAAAAAACGGGCAUGAUAUACUGGAACCCUCAAGUCAGAAUGAGGUCCAGACCCCAGAAAAUACAGCCUUGAAGGACAAGCCUGCAGGUCUAGGAGGGGUUAUGAUUGGAAUUGGAGAGCAAGUGUAUUCUAUACUUCUUUUGACCUUCUUUUUUCUAGAGGUUUAUGCCACAGGAUAUAUACCACAUAUAGGAAAGGCACUCAAUUUUGUACUCCUUUCAUGGAUGUAUGCUUACUACUGUUUCGAGUACAAAUGGAAUUUAUCUGAAGUGGCUCUGGACAGAAGGCUAGAUUUCUUUGAAUCUAACUGGGCCUUUUUUGCUGGUUUUGGAAGCCCUUGUGUUUUGGCUAUUUUCUUCUUCUCUACUCUUGUGAGCUAUGGUGUUAUGGCCCUUCUUUUUCCUCUGUUUGUUUUGGCUGCGACAGGUUCAGGUGCUGAGCAACUUAUUUUCUCACAAAGAAGAAAAUGGAAAGGUGUGGGAUUGGGAAGGCUUCCAAUAUUUUAUGCAGCGGAUACAUUAUCGAUGCGGGUUUUAUCUCUCUUGCCCUUGGAUACUCGAGAUCAGAUGGGAGACAAUAAGGCACUCUAAGAAGUUCUGGCAUAAUUCUUCCACAAUGUGGCAGUUCUUCCACGAUGCAACAAAGUUCAUUCUAUUUUAUCAAAUUUAAGAUCCUUUAAGCAUGUUGAAUAGUGGUGUGAUUCAACACGAUUUAUGAUGUUCUCGUGGAACAGAAAUAUUGUAAAUCAACGUUUACAGAAAUCAACUGAAUGACUGGAGGACUAGUAUGGCAUCAUACUUACGAGGGAUCCUAUUAUAUCUUUUGUGGGUAGGAGGAAGCUGUUGUUACUAUAUCUAUAGCAUUUUUAUUGACUCCGGUUGGCAAAUAUGUACAGUUCAUGGAUCAUUAUUAAUUACUGUAAUUCCUGUAUAACUUUGACGUUCGAUUUUCAGAAAUUGUAAACACUGUGACUGUAAACAGUACACAUUCAAGAAUAUUUCAUUGAUAAUUGAAGUA